GCGGGAGCGGAGCGCGAGCCGCAGGGUGCUGGGAGCGUCGGGAGGUGGGACAGCGAAGCGCGGCCGGCAGAGUCCCCGGGGCAGCGGCUCCCGGAGCUCGCGGGGGUCGCGGUGGAGACCAGGAAGCAGGAUCGGAGGCCAGAAAGGUGGAUCGUGGGUGCCAGCCGGGCGUCUGUUCGCACCUGCCCACCGGGAAGCGGAGCUUCAGAAUACGUGCUCCUCUGGGUAAACUGAUGGUGAUCUAUUUGUUUUGCCUUCUACCAGCUCAUGCAUUCUUCAAGUCUUGGUAACUGGAAUGUUUUGUCUGUUCAGACUCAAAACCGUCAGUGGGACAGAAACCAAAGUUAAGUGUCCCAAGAUGUCUCAAGAUGAACCUGGGAAAGCUGAGCUGUUGCCUGAACUGCUUCUCUGAAUCAGCUGAUACUUUUUGUCUCUAGUUUUAAAAGUUCCCUGGCAGCAAACUGAUAUCCAGAAUCUCCACUGCUUGGGGAUGGGAGAGAUUUUGAAGUUUUCAUGAAACACAUUCAUGUCUCAAACUGUGAACACAACCCAAAUGCCCAAAGCAAGAACCCCAGAGCACUGCCCACAUCUCUCUGAUACGUUAUCUGCUGCCUAACAAACCCAGCAUGAGUCUGCCGGGCUGGACCAUCUGCUGGGCCAAGUUCUAGGACAGCGAUACGUCCCUGAUUCAUCGGGUUUAGGACAGACCUGUAGCUGCCAGCUGGUAGAUGCCCUGGAGUUCUUUAAAUAGCCAAGCCUCGAGGUCUAUGGUCUGUUCUGAUGCAUGGCUCCCACCAGCAUGAAGCAGAGGGAUGACCUUACUCUGUGGCCAGGACAACUGUGAAAGAAGGAGCCCUGUGUGUGGAAGUCUGGGGAGAGACAGCCACCUAGCAUGUCCCCGCCAAACCAGUCAAUAGAAGGCCUUCCCCAGGAGGCCUCCAACAGAUCCCUGAAUGCCACAGAAACCCCAGAGGCUUGGGACCCAGGAAUCCUGCAGGUGCUCAAGAUCUCCCUUGUUGUGGUCCUUUCCAUCAUCACAUUGGCCACUGUUCUCUCCAAUGCCUUUGUCCUGACCACCAUCUUGCUCACUCGGAAGCUCCACACCCCAGCCAACUAUCUCAUUGGCUCCUUGGCCACCACCGACCUCCUGGUUUCCAUCUUGGUCAUGCCCAUCAGCAUUGCAUACACCACCACCCGCACCUGGAGCUUUGGCCAAAUCCUGUGUGACAUCUGGGUUUCUUCCGACAUCACCUGCUGCACGGCCUCCAUCCUGCAUCUCUGUGUCAUUGCCCUGGACAGGUACUGGGCCAUCACAGAUGCCCUGGAGUACAGCAAGCGCCGCACGGCAGGCCACGCUGCUGCCAUGAUCGCUGCAGUCUGGGUCAUCUCUAUCUGCAUCUCCAUCCCACCGCUCUUCUGGCGACAGGCCAAAGCUCAGGAGGAGAUGUCAGACUGUCUGGUGAACACGUCUCAGAUAUCCUACACCAUCUACUCCACCUGUGGGGCCUUCUACAUCCCAUCUAUCCUGCUCAUCAUCUUGUACAGCCGCAUCUACUCAGCCGCCCGGAGCCACAUCCUGAAUCCACCCUCCCUGACUGGGAAGCGCUUCACCACCGCGCACCUCAUCACUGGCUCUGCAGGCUCCUCACUCUGCUCCCUCAACCCCAGCCUCCACGAGGUUCACUCGCACGCCGGCUCCCCACUCUUCUUCAACCACGUCAAGAUCAAACUUGCUGAUAGUGCCCUAGAACGCAAAAGGAUUUCCACUGCUCGGGAAAGAAAAGCCACGAAGACCCUGGGCAUCAUUCUGGGGGCCUUUAUCAUCUGCUGGCUGCCCUUCUUUGUGGUCUCUCUGGUCCUUCCCCUCUGCCGGGACUCCUGCUGGAUCCACCCGGCCCUCUUUGACUUCUUCACCUGGUUAGGCUAUUUAAAUUCCCUCAUCAAUCCCAUCAUCUACACUGUGUUCAAUGAAGACUUUCGGCAAGCAUUUCAGAAAGUUGUCCAUUUCCGGAAAGCCUCCUAGUCUUUAUUUGGUGGUACCUCUUGCUAGCUUUUGUGUCCAGUAACCCAACUGGGAUUGUCUUUUUCAGUGUUCCUGAAACUUGGGUUAAUUCAUGAUAUCUUGGGUCUUGUGCCCAUCAACAAUUGUUCUGUGCUGUUUUCUCUGUCUUCUGACCUUCUGAGCCACCCAAAGCUGGGCCACUGUGUGAAAGAGGCCAGGACUGAAGACUUCCCUUAAUGUACUAUUUCCAAGGUUCCUCUAGGGUGGAAGAAACAUGGCCCACGGGAUUCAGGUGAGAAACUGACUGUGUAGAAAAGAUGCCAGGCUCAAAGAGAGUUUUGUGAGAAAGUUUUGUGGUCUCCCUGAGAUUUGUAUGAGGCUUAGUGGAGGGUAGGGAAGGUUAAUGACCUGAAUUGGAGGAGAUUUGGAAGCCAAGUAGAGGAGACUCCUCCCCUUGGAGCACCCUGAUUAGAAAAUAACACCCGAGAUUUUCUUCCCCUGGAUGCUCCUUACACCACAUCUCUCCCAGUCAGUUGUUCAUGAGGAGAGAGGUGCCAAUGACAGUGAUUUGGAGAGAAAUCUAGAAGGUGGGGCAGGGAAACCAAUGCACCUUUCCUUCUUCUAGUGCCCCAGCACCAUCUUAAUGUUCUGGGGUUAAAACCCACGAUCACUCCACUGAAGAAGACUGGGUCCACCAAGCUGUCAGAAGCUACCAUUCUGAGGUUUUUUUACAUUCCGUUCUCAUUAAAGAUCUUACAGUGUUGAGUCUUAUCAAAUAAAGAACAUGAAACAUCAUUGGCCAGUGCAUCUUUGGGUGAUUUCAAUGUAGAGACCAUCAACUCAGUGUCCCCUGAGUGCCCACCAUGUGCCAGAGCCAGGGGCCCAGGUGUGACAGUGUCAAUGUCAGGACCACUAAG